GUGCUCCAAUAUGGCCGCCUCCGUGGAUCUGGAGUUGAAGAAGGCCUUCACAGAGCUUCAAGCCAAAGUUAUCGAUACUCAACAGAAGGUGAAGCUUGCAGACAUACAGAUUGAACAGCUGAACAGAACGAAAAAGCACGCACACCUUACGGACACGGAGAUCAUGACGCUGGUAGAUGAGACUAACAUGUACGAAGGUGUAGGAAGAAUGUUUAUUCUACAGUCCAAGGAAGUAAUUCACAACCAGCUGUUAGAAAAACAGAAAAUAGCAGAAGAAAAAAUUAAAGAGCUGGAGCAGAAGAAAUCCUACCUGGAGCGGAGCGUCAAGGAGGCUGAGGACAACAUCCGGGAGAUGCUGAUGGCGCGGAGGGCACAGUAGGAGCUGCUGGGAAGCGCCUUCCGUUCUGAUCCCUCACAUCCUGUCACGGCAGGGGCUGUGCAGGGUACUGCCCUCCCUCUGCCCAGCAGCCCCAUCUCUCCAUCACCCUGAGCCCCUCAGGUCCCAACUGAAUGUCUGCCAACCCCUGCUCAGGACACUCUUCUUUCCUGGGGCAAGCCAGGAGCUCUCAACAGAGGGAGGACUGGAGGGCAGAUGGAGAAAGCUGUCCAAGCCUGUCACUAGGCAUGUGGGUUAGACCAGGUUAGACCAAUAAAAAGCUAUGUCUUUACUUUAUGGCAUGUGCUUUUCUCCACCGGAGGAGAGAGAGGCAAGUGUCUCCCUCAGCUUGUGUCCCUUUUUUCCUCCCCUUUCUGUCCUGGGCCUCUGUGUAGAGCAUGGAGGAAGAAGACGACAAGUUGAUAGGUGUGGUGGACAGAGGCACAGUUGGCUUCAGGGUUCCUUCCCUGUUUUCUCCCCAGAAUUCUAAAACAAAGUUCAGUGGCGAGCAGCAUCUCUAGGCUCUGGUCCUGUCUGGCCAUGGUGCGCCCGUGGCCCUGCCUCCUAGUGCUCAGGACAGCUCAUUCUCUGUGCAACUUUCAGGAACUUUACUGCAGGUCAGUUAAACACAACUGUUACUGAAAACUAGAUGUAAACUUAAGUAUUUAGAACAAAAACUACUAGUAAAUACUCAGAACUCC